CGAGUGUGCAAAUCUAGGUGUUGUUAAUUCAAUGACAACAAUUUGCGACCCUUCACCCAGUCCUAACGCAAUUACUACGUGGUACAAUCGUCAACAUUCUAAGUUCCGCAGUACGUUGUCUCUGGAGUCGCAGAAGAAUAACGAUAUCGCGAAAGAUUGUCGAUUUGAAGCGCAGAAACAAGAAACAGAUCAAUCUGAACCAAAGAUUUUGUUUAGUAAUAAUGAAGUCAACAUUACAGAGGCUCAAUUAAGCAUAGAUAAAACUCAAGUGACAACUAUCAACCGGAAUAAUAAAAUUAACAAAUACGACCCCGUGUACGAAUUUAGUGACAUUAGCGUCAUUAUUCCGUCAAGACGAAAAUUUGCGUAUCCGCCGGUACCACCGCCUCGCAGUCCGCUGCCUUCCCGACGACGAGUCUCGUUCCAUGACGUCGUCUUCGGAAAUAUGCGCGAAAACCACCAGAAUUGUAUCACGAAAAUGCAGGAUGCUCAUCAUAGGCUCCGUUACAAUAACGAUAAUAGACAGGAAUAUAAUAAUACUUACGAUAUUUGGCAAGCGGACGAUUCGGUUGGUAAAAAUGACGGCGGAUACGAAAAUGUUAACGUAAAUUAUACCGAAGAUAGUGGCAGAAUACAUUUUGAAAAAAGCGCGUCAGAGUGCGGCGAAGAAGAUACGAUAAGCAAAUGCAAUGACAUCGAGAAGAAUCGUGGGCAAGAUCGUUGCGUCAAAGGCAAUUCAGAGUCGCGCACAUACAGAAUAAUGAACGAAAAAGACGAUGCAUCGUCGAAAGAAGACAUGAUGACGUACGCUCAUCAAAGUGGCCCGAACUCAUCACUUGAUGAAAACGAACGAAUGCGGGGAGGAUGCGGUGGACCGUGCGGAACUCGCCUUAGACCUUCGUGUGGAACAACAAAAGUUGAAACUGCCUGUCUUUGCAGAAGAGAUCCAUCAGAACAAUGUCGCACAGCUGUAACGUCCUGUACAACCUGCUCAUCCAAUGUUCAACCAGUUAUUGAGAGACGUUGUUGUUGUUCAUCAUCGCUUGAACGGCCAAUUUGCAAGAAACCGAUUUUUAGAUGUCGUCAACCGUGCACUGUAGAAUCUCAAAGUUGUGGUGGAGGUGGAUGUUGUGGAGGAGGAUGUCGUGGUGGUUGUGGAAAACCUGGACAAAUGUGUUUACCUGCGAAAUCUUGCGUGGUACCACCUUGUCGUCCGUGUUCACCUUGUUCUCCACCACGAUCGUGUCCUCAAGUAAUUUGUUGUUGUGGUCCAAAAAGUGGAAAUUGUUGUGGAAAUGGAGGUAGCACAUGCUGCUGCCGGUCAAAAAGUCCAAUAUGUCGAGUAAGAACCAGAAGGUGUUGUAGCACCGAUAGAGCAGAACCCAUUGACCUAGGAUGUUGCCGACCGAAAACUGCAUGCGACUGUUUUGGCGGAGGUCUUGAUUGUCAGCGCUGUGGCCGAAAAGUGUAUCAAGCUGAAAUGCAGAUUGUGUCUGGUAUACCGUUCCAUAAUACGUGCUUCAGCUGCUAUUGCUGCAGAAAACCCUUGGAACCCUUAACGUAUCAGGAGAAUUGUGGGGAAAUUUAUUGCAAACAAUGUUACGUUCGAAAUUUCGGACCUCAAGGAUACGGAUAUGGUGUGGGUCCAGGUACAUUACAAACUCCCAUGUAGAGUUAUUAUACAAGAUUAAUAAAUGUCAUUGAUUGAAAACUUUAGCUAUAGAUAAUUUAAGAAUGACAAUUUUUAGUUAAUAGUUUAUAAAGAGUGUGUUUUCUUAUAAACAUAUAUACAUAUAUAUAUAUAUAUAUAUAUAUAUAUAUAUAUAUAUAUAUAUAUAUAUAUAUAUAUUAUAGUUCCUGAUUUUGAACGUAUAUUGAAAAUACACGUGUACACGUGUACUUAAAAAAAAAAAGGAUA